UUUUAACUACUUGUGGUACAGUGUAGUAGUCGCAAUAACAAUAUAAUAAUGACCCAAAGGCAAUCGAUUCAGUCUAUUACAUGACCUUACAUGAGUAAGGAACUAAUUCAAAUUACGACACCUUUUACGUAUAUAUGUAUUUCUGUUCAGAAAUAGCCCCUGUCGUCCCAAAAUAACGCAAGAAGAAAAGAAUCACGGGAUCUUAAUAUAACCUCGCGUGAACAAGGCACAACGAGAACACAAGAACAGAAACAGCGGGAGUAAACAAAAGAAGACAAAAUAUAAGUCUGCCAGUUCCGGUCUCCCACCUGUUUGCGGCAGUGAGGAUUGACAGCAGGCGGUCCAUAAUAUAAAUUUUGCCUAUAUCGAUCGUAAUAGAAAAUUCGCUCACUAGAGACAUCACAGUCACCUGAUGCUGUCGCCUGGACGACUUCACAAAGUGGUGUAACCGACGAAAAUUUAAAAGAAAAUGGAGUAUGGAGUAUAUUUUCGGUCGCUGAGCUUGUUUGGCAAACAAGUGAAUUACAUGGGCAUCACAUGGUUAACGUCAACGUUGCUAAGCUUUGGACUAAGCAUUCAAAUGAUAAAACUUACGGACGAAAAUCUGACAAAAGGCCGCGACUUACGCGAACGAUUAUUUGAAUUUGUUCAAAUUGUACUCGUAUUUGGUGUGUGUUUUACGGCGUGUAGUGUAUAUUUCAAAACCAUCCUGAGAAAUCGUAAACCGCAAAUGAGAGAAGAAUCGCGAAUGAACGAGACAACGUCAUUGUUUGAAUUACGAGGGUAUACGAUGUCCGAACUGAGUUCGUGUAAUGGAUCAAACGGGACAAUCUACAUCGCGUUAAAUGGCAAGAUAUUUGACGUAACCAAAGAUAAGAAGCAAUAUGACUCCGGUGGAUGUUAUAAAAUGCUAGCAGGUCGAGACGCCAGCCGCGCAUUUGCGACGUUAACGUUUGAUGUUAAUUCAUUGCGUUCACAAUACGACGAUCUCUCGGACCUGAAUGAAAUACAAAAGAGUAAUCUGUACGAAUGGGAAAAGAUCUACACUGAAAAGUACAAGAUCGUGGGGAAAAUUGUCAACGCACACAAUUCGAAAUCUUUACAGGAUAUUGCGAUGAAUUCAAUUAUUAAAAACAUCACAAUAUCGCAAAGCAAUACGCACUCUGUAGACCACCUACCUCUGCCUAGAAUAUUAAAAAAAGAGUUACGCAAUUUUUUCUACGAACACAUGGAAUAACUAAAGUGAUCAUAAUAAAUAAAUCACACCUAUGUAGUACAGUACAUAUACAUAGCCAUAACAUCCCCACUUGUAUAUAAUAAUAAUAUGUAUAUAAAUGUAUAUCUAAAUAUUAUUGUAAUAUAUUUUUCCAUAUGAAAUUUGUACACCAAAAUGAAUGUAAUUUAUAUGAAAUAGUGAAAAAAUAUAG